AUUGCAGCAGAUUAAAUAUAUGAAAGAAGGAAACAGGGGGAGGGAAAAACUGGGGUGGUCUUAAAUAGUUUCAAGAGGUGAAAGGCUCUCUCAAUCAUGUGUUUGAGCAAGCCUCAGUAAUCAUAGCCAGCUUUACUCCACACUUAUAAAGAAGCCAAAGCUUCUCACUUUUUCUCUCACAGAGAGAGAAGAUAAAAAACCCACACCCAAUUUGUUUCUACUUUUUGUUGUUGUUUUUACUUCCAUUUUGCUUGCCCCACUGAAGUAGACAUGGUUGCAACCUUAUGGAUGACGGAGCUUUCACCCACCAAAAGCAAGUAGACUCCACCCAACAACAGCAUUACCAGUUCAAGCUUUGUUUGCCUGUACCAGAGUUAAAAGCUAAAAGCUUUUGGGUUUUGAAAUCUGUUAGAAGCUUGUGCUACAGGGGUUUAGAGUCAAAUGGGUGUUGCUUGAAGAGGUUAGAGUAUAGUGGCAUGAUUGUUAACAACUCUGUUUUUUGUGCUUCGCCUGGUUUUUUUGAAGAAGAGAAAGCUGAGAUGGAGGGUUUGGUUGAGAAAAGCGAGGGAUUUGAAGAUAAAAAUGAAAGCUUUAAUGAAAAUGGGGUUCAAAUGGGGACAUUUGCCAAGUUGCUUGAAGACAAGGGUCGUGAAAGUAGUUCAAGUUCUGAUUUUUUGACAACGGAAACAACAGGGCAUGAGGAGGAACACAGUCACAGUAGUUCUGAGGAGGAGUCGGCUUCACCGCCUUUAUUGGGUUGGCCAGUACAGAAAAAUGCUGAGACAGAAGACUGUAGCAGUAGUAAUUGUAGUGAAGAUGGAAAGAAACCCCCUUCGGAUGAUAGGAAAUUAGAGAAGCAAGGCUCCACAGUUUCAGAGAUUGAGUUGAUGAAGGAAAGAUUUGCAAAAUUGCUGCUUGGAGAAGAUAUGUCAGGGUGUGGAAAUGGUGUUUGCACAGCCUUGGCUAUUUCAAAUGCCAUCACCAAUCUUUGUGCAACCUUAUUUGGGCAAAUAUGGAGGUUAGAACCACUACCAGUUGAGAAGAAAGCAAUGUGGCGAAGAGAGAUGGAAUGGCUUCUUUCUGUCAGUGAUCACAUUGUUGAGUUGAUACCCUCGUGGCAGACGUUCCCAGAUGGAAGCAAGCUUGAGGUCAUGACUUGCAGGCCCCGAUCGGAUCUUUACAUUAAUCUUCCAGCUUUAAGAAAAUUGGACAACAUGCUUCUUGAGAUAUUAGAUAGUUUUGUCGAUACAGAGUUCUGGUAUGUUGACCAAGGGAUUCUAGCCCCAGAGGCAGAUGGAUCUACGUCUUUCAGAAAAGCCCUUCAGCGCCAAGAAGAAAAAUGGUGGCUUCCUGUGCCUCGAGUGCCUCCAGGAGGCCUUCAUGAAAAUUCAAGAAAGCAGUUGCAGCAUAAACGUGACUGCACAAACCAGAUCCUAAAAGCUGCCAUGGCUAUCAACAGUAUUACUCUAGCUGACAUGGAAGUUCCUGAAUCAUAUUUAGAAUCCCUUCCCAAGAAUGGCCGAGCAAGCUUGGGAGAUCUCAUUUAUCGAUAUAUUUCAUCGGAUCUGUUCACACCUGAAUGUCUUCUUGAUUGCCUCGAUUUGUCCUCUGAGCAUCAAGCUAUAGAGAUUGCCAACCGAGUGGAGGCUUCAAUAUAUUUAUGGCGCAAAAAGACCAACUCCAAACCUGUCAACAACACAACCCGCUCCAGUUCAAAGUCAUCAUGGGAAAUGGUCAAGGACCUAAUGGUUGAUGCUGAAAAGAGAGAAAUACUUGCAGAUCGCGCAGAAAGUCUCUUGCUUUGCUUGAAGCAGCGGUUCCCUGGUCUUCCCCAGACCACAUUAGAUAUGAGCAAAAUUCAGUACAACAAGGAUGUUGGGAAAUCCAUUUUGGAAAGCUAUUCGAGAGUUUUGGAGAGCCUGGCAUUUAACAUUGUGGCACGUAUUGAUGAUCUGCUCUACGUUGAUGACUUGACCAAGCAUUCAGAUCAAUUCUCUUCAUUGACCAGAGUUGGUGUAAUCGGUCAGAAGAGUCUUUCAAUUCCAUACUCUGUGCCCUUCUCAAGCACUCCUUAUAGAACAGCAUUUACCACCCCAAACUUUUCACCAGCACAGCUAGUUAGCCCUGCGAAGGGAGAAAGAUCGCCGUAUCUCACAAGCAGCAAAUUUCAACAGCGUGGGAUAGGUGUGAAAAAAGUCUUGACAGAUUAUCUUAGUAUUGAUGUAAGAGGGAAGGAAUGCAGUAAUUCAAAUGAAGGAACAGAAUCAGGUUCAGACAUAGCUCAAGAAACACCAGUACCUUUUGAAAAAUGUCUAAAGGAGGCGGUCGGCCUAGCAAAAGAGGAGCCAGUUCCACAGAAAGAGCCCUGA